UCCCCCACCUUCCCCCACUCAAUCAUUUUCAAUCCAGGUGUAUGUGGCUUGUAACUUCUGUACAGAUGUGACAAGUCAUUCACGCAGGAGUUUACACAAGGGCAAUUGAACGUUACUUACUGUAGUAUCAUUAAGUAUUUUACAUCAAGAGGCCUGAGAAUUUCGAACGCAUGACCCGUUUGUUCCCCGUUUGACUCAUGGUCUGUGAGGCCAGAUGAGAACAGAUGAGAACAGUGAAAUAGAGUUUGAAUAGAGUGGAUGUUAACAACUUGCCGGAGUACCCGAAGACGCCGAUACGGUAAAACGAGGGCCACAGCAGGGCAGAUAAUCAUAAAAAAUUCGGCUCUUGAAUUACUUCCAUUCCCUCAGCCUCCGAUGGCCACUGUAGACGCUUCAAAGGAACUCGUACUGCUCAGUUUUUUCGGUGGAAACACCAUUUUGACUACAGCUGGCCUAUUAACUACUUCUGUCCUCUAUGGAGUCUAUUUGGUCCUAUUCUUCGCGGCCAUGUGCACUAUGUGCCAACGAGCCGACGCUUUCACCGGCCCCCGAAUAGUUCUACUCGCAGCUGUGAUAGUCCUCUUCCUUCUGUCGACCAACUACAUCUGCUGUACUUUCUCCUACUUUGCCCUCGGUACCAAAAAACUUCUCGUCGAAAACCCUGGAAGCGUUCCCCUGCUGGUCAAGGAUGCUGCUUUUUUGACCAAGUAUCAUGCAUUGGGUAUUGUGGGUGAAGUCACUUUUCCUAUCGCGAGUGUCAUUGGGGAUUCCAUCGUCAUCUGGAGAGCAUGGGUACUGUCUGGUGGGAAUAAGAAAGUCAUGUUUCUGCCAGUGAUGUUGCUCCUCAGUAUGGCAGCAACCACUGUCUCCUUUGUUGUAUGUAUGAUCGAGAAGGAUUUACCGACCGACUUUCCUCCCGAGUGUCGGCCCCAAAAUACGGCUCUGUUUGUUCUAUCAAUGGUCACCAAUAUCGCUGGAACGGCUGUCAUAGGCUAUCAGGCUUGGUCUUAUCGACGCGUGGUCAAAAAGUAUCUACACAAUUGUCGACAUCGUGCACGUGCCGAGAAACUUUUGGUUAUGCUUCUUGACUCUGGUGUUAUAUACACCACUUUAUGGAUCAUCCAACUUGCCGUGUUGGUCGCGCCAAGCCGGCCCGACUUCACAGUUCAAAUAUUUCGAAUAACCUUUUCUGCUGCUUGCUCGCAACUUGUGGGAAUCUAUCCCACCUUGAUCAUUGUCCUCGUCAUGCUUCGACGUUCCAUAUGGGACUCCGCUGGCACGCCCACCGUGUGCGAGGAUACAGGCCUGAAAAAACAAUCGGAGAAGGUUAGCGAUGACACUGGCCAACUCGAAAGCGCUCAUGAUACGGUUUGGUGUCCGGUCGUAACAAACCUAAACCUGGGACCUGAAGGCAAAUAAGUAGGGAAGGAUGCGUAGGGUUCCUCCGCAGGCUGGAGGGAUCGUUGGUGGAUAUUGUAAGUAUAAUUUUGGACAUGUUCGAACAUUGAAUGUAUGGAAAUGCAUUAAGUUGCCGAAGCUAUACCCGAGCAAUAAAAGAUUUACCCAUA